UCAAACUACUGCUUUGUAUUGAUGCUGUUGUAUUCAUCACUCAUGUCAAAACUUCAAGGAAAUAGUUUACCCCUGGGCGGCUUUAUAUUAUAUUCUAAUACAAUGGAACUUCAGAAUUGAGUCGCAACUACUGCAAAUCACUAAUGGGUGACAAAUAUACAUCUACACGCCAUGAAACAAAAACUAAAUCCUCCGUUGACUAGGUUUGUUCAUUCGUUCCUAGUCUGCGCAUGCGCAGUCGUGUAAAUACAGGUUUGUGGAAUGAGUCGAGACUGAGGAAGUGUAUGCUACGUGGAAGUGUUCCGAUUUGUCCUUUGAAAAGCGUUUCUUUCCUUUUGCAAAUAUUUAACAAUGGCAACACCUGCGCUCCGGACUGAGUUGGAAAAGUAUUUGGAGAGUCUGAAUAUCCAGACGGUCUGCAUAGACCAUCCACCGGUAAGAACCAAUAGUCAGUUUAGCUAACGUUAGCCGUAUAGCUAGCUUGCCAAGGUGGUCCAGUGAGUUGUUUAAAAAAUAAAUAAAUAUUUUUUUUGUAAUUUAGCAGACGCUCUUAUCCAGAGCGACUUAAUGAGUGAAUACAUUAUGUAUUUUUUCUUCAUACUGGCCCCCCGUGGGAAUCGAACCCACGACCCUGGCGUUGCAAGCGCCAUGCUCUACCAACUGAGCUAUAUUGUCCAGUAUUGGACAAUACUAAAAUGCACUGGAUUGGAGAGCCAAUGCACAUCCCCACCUACACUCCUAGAAUGAUUUUUGCCGUGCAUUGUUUUGCUAUUUUGAACAAGAAUUUACACUUUCACUUGGCUGUAUUUUCUGUUGCCUUUUGAAAACCACAACUAGUUGUCGCACGAUGACCGUCCCAUCAUGGACUCCUUCAGUCACUCAUUUUAUAUACAUCUCUAGUCAAGCCAUUGUUCAUUUUAGGACUAGUGCUUAUUCAAUGUGUAGAACGUUUCAGGUAGAAAAUGUAACAAUUAUCCUACAUGACAUAUGUUCUCUCAUCUCAUACUAGUCUUCAGUUAAUUGUUCCCUCUGAUUUCUGCUAGGGUUGCAUUUCAUUUCAGAAGUCUGAAGGAAACAUUUAAAUCAAAUUUUAUUUAUCACAUACGUGUUUAGCAGAUGUUAUAGCGGGUGUAGCGAAAUGCUUGUGCUUCUAGCUCCGACAGUGCAGUAAUAUCUAACAAGUCAUAUCAAAACAUUUCACAACAUAUACCCAAUACACACAAAACUAGUAAGGAAUGGGAUUUAAGAAUAUAUACAUAUGGACAAGCAAUGACAGAGCGGCAUGGACUAAGAUACAGUAGAAUGUUACAGAAUAGAAUGCAGUAUAUACAUAUGAGAUGAGUAGUGCAAGAUAUGUAAACAUUAAAGUGACUAGUGUUCCAUUUCAUAAAGUGGCCAGCGAUUCCAAUAGGCAGCAGCAGCCUCUAAUGUGCUAGUGGUGGCUAUUUAACAGUCUGAUGGCCUUGAGAUAGAAAUUGUUUUUCAUUCUCGGUCCCAGCUUUGAUGCACCUGUACUGACCUCGCCUUCUGGAUGAUAGAGGGGUGAACAGGCAGUGGCUCGGGUGGUUGAUGUCCUUGAUUAUCUUUUUGGCCUUCCUGUGACAUCGGGUGCUGUAUGUGUCUUGGAGGGCGGGUAGUUUGCCCCCGGUAAUGCGUUCGGCAGACACCACCACCCUCUGGAGAGCCCUGCGGUUGUGGGUGAUACAGCCCGACAGGAUGCUCUCAAUUGUGCAUCUGUGAACGUUUUUGAGGGUUUUAGGUGCUAAGCUGAAUUUCUUCAGCCUCCUGAGGUUGAAGAGGCUCUGUUGCGCCUUCUUCACCACUGUCUGUGUGGGUGGACCAUUUCAGUUUGUCGGUGACGUGUACGCCAAGGAACUUGAAGCUUUCCACCUUCUCCACUGCGGUCCUGUCGAUGUGGAUAGGGGGGUGCACCCUCUGCUGUUUCCUGAAGUCCACAAUCAUCUCCUUUGUUUUGUUGAUAUUUUGUGAGAGGUUAUUUUCCUUGCACCAUACUCCCAGAGCCCUCACCUCCUCCCUGUAGGCUGUCUCAUCAUUGUUGGUAAUCAAGCCUACUACUGUUGUGUCGUCUGCAAACUUGAUUGAGUUGGAGGUGUGCUUGGCCACGCAGUCAUGGGUGAACAGGGAGUACAGGAGGGGGCUGAGCUGUAAACAGUCUAGGUGAAAGCAGUAGAAUAGAUGCCUACUGGAAAUGUCCAGAUCUUUCAUUUCAGUGUAGGUGAAACGAGAAAAGGAGAGGGAGCCAUUUUAGACAUCAGAUACCAGAGUAAGAACGUUAUGUCCUGACUUGCUGUGAUCAUUUUUUCUCCCUUAGGUAUUCACUGUGGAAGAGAUGAUGCCUCACCUGCAAGACCUCUGUGGAGCAGUUACCAAGAACCUCUUCCUGAAAGACAAGAAGAAGAAGGGCCUGUGGCUAGUCUCUGUCCGCCACGACCGUCCGGUCAACCUCAACGACCUGGCUAAGAAGCUAGGCUUGGGUAGUGGCAACCUCCGCUUUGCUGAGGAGGCAGCCAUGUUGGAGAAACUGAAGGUGGGCCAAGGCUGUGCCACCGCCCUGGCACUCUUCUGUGAUAAGGACCAGAGCGUCAAGUUUGUUCUGGACAGCGACCUGGUCAACGGAGGCCAUGAGCGGGUGUACUUCCAUCCCAUGACCAAUGCUGUCUCUAUGGGACUAAAGCCAGAGGAUCUCUUGAAGUUUUUAAAGGAGACAGGACAUGAAGCAGUUCUUCAGAGCUUUGACUAGUAAAUACCUUGAAAUUAACAUACUAUCCUGUCAGACUGUGCUUUGGUACAAUUAUUUAUUUCUAAGGUAUUUACCUGUGUGCCUUUACUUCGGCUUAUCAAGAAAUGGCCAUUGUAAAAAAUAAAAUCUAACUUUUGGGACAGAAUCAGUUUUCUAUGGGCAAGAUACCAGUAGAUUGUUGGUUAUAUUAAGUACAUGGUUGAAAGACAAUGUAGUAGUGAAUUACAGUGUUUGCAUUGUAUCUGCGAGAUCUAGUAAUUUACAGUUUUGACACUAAAUACUUUAGUGUAAUAAAGCAGAUGAUGGAACAUUGAUUCUCCACUCAUCUUCUUUGAGUAUACGCUAGCUUUCUAGAGAAGUUUGUGGUCAUACGCACAUCUUUAACUUAGGUGCUGGGCUAAUAAAGAACACCUGUAAAGAAGAGGAAUGUUCCUAAUUCACCACUUCAUCGACCUGAC